AGAAAAACUGGGUGGCGUCCCCGCUUUGUUCCAGUUUCCAGCCCCACCAUCAAAAUUUCACUUCAAUUUUCCUUCCGCCUCAUGAGAUAGGGUGCAAAGAUGAGCUCUCUGUCUUCUCAGGUGAAGCUGAAUUCCUUAUGUUGUUGCUACGAAUUACGUUGUGAGGUGCUAUGUGGAUUGAAGUUCCAAGUAUUAGCUUAGGUUCCCUCUGUUCGUUUUUUACGGGAUUGUUGAACAAUGAAGAACUUUUCGUGACUGAACUUUCCAGGUGAAUCAAGUUUAAUUGAUACUAUCUGAAACUGUAAGAUGGGAACUCAAAGUCAAACAGGAUUAAUAGUACAAAACAAGAUGCUUCCUCCUCAAUCUGGAAGAUUUCAAGAUCGUGAAGAUCUCAUUAAAUAUGUUCGUGAUUUUGGUGCUGAUCAGGGAUAUGUGGUAACGAUUAAGAAGUCUAGGAAAGAUAGAAGGGUCAUCCUCGGUUGUGAUAGAGGGGGUGUGUACCGAAACAGGCGUAAGAUUGAUGAGAGUCGACGCAAAAGGAAAGCUAGCUCACGCUUGAUAAAUUGUCCGUUUGAAGCAAUUGGUAAGAAGGAAGAUGAUGUCUGGAUGCUUACCAUUAAAAAUGAGGACCAUAACCAUGAGCCCUUAAAAGACAUGUCAGAGCAUCCUUAUAGUCGCCGUUUCACUGAGGAUGAGGUAAAGCAAAUAAAACUGAUGACUGAAGCUGGUAUAAAACCACGUCAAGUGCUUAAAGCUCUCAAGCAACAUAAUCCAGAUCUGCAGUCAACACCAAGGCAUUUGUACAACCUCAAAGCUAAAAUUCGUCAAGGAAACCUAUCAGAAAAAAAUUUCAAGUCAUGGCGACCUAAUAUCUCAGUUCCUGCUAAUAGUAGUGAUACUGUCAUUGGGAAUACAGCCAAGCAAAACCUUCAGCCGAAAGUUCCUAAUUUUAUUGGAGGAGAAUUUUUGGAUUCGCGCAACUGUUCAAUGGUUGAUGUUAUUAAUCCAGCAACACAAGAAGUUGUUUCUCAAGUACCUUUAACAACCUAUGAAGAGUUUAAGGCUGCAGUUAAUGCAGCAAAACAAGCUUUUCCCUCCUGGAAAAAUACACCUAUUUCUGCUCGUCAACGUAUUAUGUUCAAGUUCCAGGAGCUCAUCCUCAGAGACAUGGAUAAGCUUGUGACGAAUAUUGUCACAGAACAGGGCAAAACAUUAAAGGGUGCUCAAGAUGAUAUCCUCUGUGGUUUAGAGGUGGUCAAACAUGCUUGUGGAUUGGCCGCUAUGCAAAUGGGGAAGUUCGUCCCUAAUGCAUCUGAUGGAAUUGAUUCCUACUGCAUCCGAGAACCACUAGGUGUUUGUGCUGGGAUAUGCUCUUUAAACCAUCCAGCAACAAUUUCCUUAUGGAUGUUUCCGAUUGCAGUUACAUGUGGCAAUACAUUUGUCCUUAAGCCAUGUGAAAAGCACCCGGGGGCUUCAAUGCUACUAGCUGCAUUAGCAGUGGAGGCUGGUUUGCCCGAUGGUGUUCUAAAUAUUGUUCAUGGAACCCAUGAUAUCAUUGAUUCUAUAUGUGAUGAUGAGGACAUAAAAGUCAUAUCCUUUGCCAGUUCAAGUACAGCUGGAAAGAAUAUACAUGCGAGGGCAGCUGCCACUGGAAAACAAGUUCAGUCCAAUUUAGGAGGCAAGAGUCAUGCAAUUAUUAUGCCUGAUGCUGAUAUGGGGGCUAGUUUUAGUGCUGUUGUUGGUGCUGGAUUUGGUACUGCGGGACAGACAUGUAUGACUCUCAACAUUGUUGUCUCCGUUGGAAGUUCAAUUCUAUGGGAAGAAAAACUUGUGGAAUGUGCGAAAGCACUUGAAGUGAAUGUGGGGACAGAUCCCAAUGCUGACCUUGGUCCUGUAGUUACCAAAGAGGUGAAAGAUCGUUUAUGUAGAUUAGUUCAAAGUUCCAUUGAAGGUGGUGCUAGACUCCUGCUUGAUGGUAGAAACAUUGUGGUGCCGGGAUAUGAAAAUGGAAACUUUUUUGGUCCUACUAUUCUAUCCGAUGUAACAACCGACAUGGAGUGCUACAAGGAAGAAUUUUUUGGACCAGUUCUCCUUUGUAUGCAGGCGGAGAACCUAGAGGAGGCUAUAUCCAUUGUAAACAGAAACAAGAACCGAAAUGGAGCUUCCAUUUUCACAACUUCUGGCAUUUAUGCGAGGAAGUUUCAGAGUGAAGUGGAAGUGGGAAUGUUCCUUUUUCCCCUCCUAAAUCCAUUUCAGGUUGGUAUCAAUGUUGCUGUUCCAGUUCCAUUGCCAUCUUCCUUUAAUGAUAAGGCAGACCUGGAAUUUUACACCAAGUUGAAAAGAGUGGCUCAACAGUGGAAGAACCUACCAAGUAUUGGAGUCUCAAUGGCAACGCCUUCCCCAUCUGAGAGAGAUUUGAGAGCUCGUGCUGUACCUCCAGUGUUGGCUUCAAUGUGUGAGAAGGAUUCACCUGGUGGGCACGGAAGUUUACCUCCGCUGCCAAACCCUCGAAUAUCUCAGACAGAUUUAACCAUUGAAAGAGCCGCCUCAUCUCCGCCAACUCCUGACAGGGAUUUACAUGGUCCAGGACUCUCCCUGAUUUCAACUUUAUCAUCAGAGGGGGAUGUAUCCAACCAAGAUCUGUCCCCUGCUAUGCCUUCAGCAGCUGAUAGCAAUUUACCUGGCCAAGCUAUGUCAAUGGCUACAUCCCGAUCAUCCGAGAGACUGUACAUACCUCAGAAAUCUCAUUGGAAUGAAACCCAGAGAGCUGAUUCAAUUCCACCCAGUUCCGAGCAGAUCCAUGGGCCCUCAUCACAUACAAACAGCAUUAAAGCACAGGCAUCUCGAUCGACUCACCCUGCUUUGGUCUUAGCUGCAGAGGGUUUAUACGUGCCUACAUCUCAUGACAGUAUUUGCCUGAUAACCCAUGGAAGUGAUAGCACAGUUCCAUCUCGAAGAAUCGGCAGCAUCUGUCAACCAUCGGAACGAGUAUACAUGCUAGCAACUUCCCAUCUGAACGACAGUAUGAGUCAAACAUUGCAGAGAACUGAUGCCUCCAUGUUUUCUUCUUCUGAGAGGCAUUAUGUGCCUCCCACUUCUCAUAAAAAUGACCACAUCAGCUUGGCCUCUCAUACCGAGGUUGCUUUGCAAUCAACUUCAGAUAGGAUAUACUUGUCUAGCUUGACCGAGAGGGAAGAUAAUAUGGCUUCCGCUGCUUCUCAACAAGCUGAAUCUUUUACAUCCACUUCAGAUAGAAUGUAUAUACCUCCAUUAGUUCAUAGAAAUGCAGGCAUGCCGCCUAAAUCCGAAUGGUUAUGCAUCCCAACUCCUGCUGCACCUCAGAGAAUGUAUCCGCAAGGUCCAAUAGUUUCAGCAGAUGAAUUUCAAGGCCAAGGAGCAUCAUUGACAAUGCCUGCAUCCCAAAGAAUAUAAGGGAUCCUAGAAAUACGAACACUAGAACUUAGGAUAGCCAAAUUACCAUUUUUUCCUCUACCAACAAAUCACUCAUCAUUUACAGAGAGCUCGUUCGUUCAUGGUUCUGUUUCUCUAGAUGUGAAAGUUGUUCAGACACAGUUGCUCAUGUUGCUCAUUUGUCUAUAUUGGAUUGGCUGUAUGAUUUGUAAAGGGGUUUCCCCAUUGGCGAUAUGGGUUUGAAGUUCUGAACAAGGGAAAUUCUAGUCUAGGAAUGUAAGAGUUUAGCCUCCUAUCCUGCCCUUGCGCUCGCUCUUGCUCUCC